AUGAAUUUUUCUAGUCAUGGGAAAGGCACGGUUGAUGCGAUUGGAGGAGUUGUGAAACGAGUAGUUUGGUCUGUUGUGUUUGGAGAUGAAGCUUGUCGCUCUGCUGUCGAUUUCGUUCACAUUGCAAAGAAAAAAAAAACAAAACGUCGUGGCAAAAUUCUUAAUUUUAACGAUCAUCAAUAUACAAAAAAACGUUCGAAUAAAUCAACUGAUGAGUGGCGUUGUCGAAUUAGAAGUUGUAAUAGUAUAAUUGUAUUAGCUCGUGAUGCUUCGACAGUUAUUCAUCCACCAACAGACCAUUCACAUAUACCAGAUCCAAUUCAAGCAAAAGUUGAUGAAUUUAAAAAUACGUGCAAAAAACGUGCAAGAGAAGAAACAAUACCAAUAUCCCAAAUUCAUAAACAAGAAUUAGUUAAAUGUAGUUUAAAACACAACGAUAUAUCAUUUUUACCGUCAUAUUCAUCAAUUGAUUCAUCAUUUUAUCGUAAACGAUUAAAAGGUUAUCCUAAAUUACCAAAAUCAGUGCCAGAUCUUACGUUAACCGGAAAAUGGGGUACUGAUCUUCGUGAUAAUGUUUUUAUUGUCAAGAAUUUACUUGAAACUGAUUCACGUUUAUUGGUAUUUGGUUCCAAAUGGGGUAUUGAAUAUUUAUCAGAAGUUGAUACGCGGCAUAUGGAUGAAACGGACAUGACACCAACAAUCUACGCAUUAACAUCAGAUAAAAGUGGUAAAACAUAUGAACAAAUAUUGAAAACAAUUAUUGCACAAGCAAAUAAAUAUAAUAUUGUUGUUGAACCAAUACGUGCUGUAUCCGAUUUUGAACAAGCAACAUUUAAUGCAGUGAAAAGUUCAAUUUAUUGGUUUCGUGGUGCAAUUGGCUUAGCGCUGAUACCGUUACAUAUUGGUGAAACAGGGGCUAAUAUUAUGUCAGAAUAUACACCAGAUGAUCAAGCAGCCACAACAUUCAAUGAUUAUAUAACAGAUACAUAUGUUGAUGAUGACGCUAUAUUUCCAUCAUUUAUUUGGAAUGUUCAUGAUUUAAUUAUUACUGAUCAGUCGCGAACAAAUCAUGGCGAAGGUUUUCAUAAUCGAUUAAAACAGCAUUUUGGUGUCCAUCCAUAUAUUUGUGAGUUUAUCGAAGCAUUAAAGGAAGAAACUGAACAUUGA